AGUACAUCACCAUAUUAUUAUGUUUAACACGGAGUAUAAUUAAGAGAAAAUUGAAGGCUCGAUACAAUUUAUAAAUCCAUCAGACACAAGGGAGUAAUUUAUUAGGCACUUUCACUGAACAGAAAUGAAGUGGAGUUUAAUGUUACUUUUUUGUAUGAGUACUGUAAAUGGAUUUACAGUAGACGUAGUAAAUGUGACGCACUGUUCCGCGUCCGAUGAGGAAGUAGGCGAAUUAAUUUGGGACAUAUCUUCCGAAGAAUCAGUGGACCAGUUACUUUCUGGAUCAUUUAAUAUUCCUGUACAACUAGAUGAUGACGCAUACGUGUAUUACGAAUCCCACUUUUGGGACGAGCAAAAAGAAGAAUGGGUUUUUAUAUUCGACGGUAUAAGAUCCUUCUGCUCUUCCAUUCUAACAUCGCUGCCAUACAGGAAGUUCAGGGUUUCCGUUGAACCCAAUUGGCCUAAAGAUUGUCCUGUUCCUGCUGGCAAAUAUGAAUUGGAAGAAUUCCCCAUCAGUGGUCAGUAUGCCGUACUAAGUGAUAUUAAAAAUGUCCCUCCUUUGGUGAAGCAUGAACUCGGGUUGUGGCAGGAUGAUGACUUAAUUCUCUGCAGAGUAGUGCACACUAUAAGUAGCAAUUAAAUGCACUGCUCCUUUGACUCAGAAUGUACUUAUUCCUUUUUGUAAUAAACAAUCCCUGAAUAAAUGAAAU